ACAUGUCUGGGGCUAUAUUUAUACAUACACACGACUACACGAGAGAACAAAAGGAUACUCACUUGACAAACUUAACACUUCCCCCCCAUAGCAGACAUGGAUAUGAGAAGAGCUUUCGCCUGUACCCUGCUACUGGCGGCACUGCUGCCUCUUUCGGAGGCGGAUGCGUCGAGCAAACUCUACAUAGUGUACAUGGGGGAGAAGAAACAUGAUGAUCCAUCCAUGGUCACCGCGUCGCACCAUGACGUACUAACCUCCGUCUUUGGGAGCAAGGAUGAAGCCAUGAAGUCGAUGGUUUACAGUUACAGGCACGGAUUUUCUGGCUUCGCCGCGAUGCUUACAGAGUCUCAGGCUGGGACACUUGCAAAAUGUUCUCAUAUUCUCAGUGUAAGACCCAACGUUUACCAUGAAUCGCACACGACUCGGAGCUGGGACUUCCUCGGCCUUGACUACGACCAGCCGCCAGAACAUUCAGGCCUCCUCCAGAAAGCAAAGUACGGUGAAGAUGUCAUCAUCGGGGUGAUCGAUUCAGGGAUAUGGCCUGAAUCACGGAGCUUUGACGACAGCGGCUACGGUCCGGUACCGGCAAGGUGGAGAGGCACAUGCCAGACCGGUCAGCAGUUCGACGCCACGAGUUGCAACAGAAAGAUCAUCGGCGCACGAUGGUUCAGCGGUGGCAUGAGCGAUGAGGUGCUCAAGGGCGACUACAUGUCGCCUAGGGACCUCAGCGGCCACGGCACGCACGUUGCCUCGACGAUCGCCGGUGAACAGGUGCGGAACGUGAGCUACGGAGGCCUUGCCGCCGGGGUGGCACGCGGCGGGGCGCCACGCGCCAGACUGGCAAUCUACAAGGCGUUGUGGGGGCAACGUGGAUCGGGCAGUCACGCGGGGGUCCUUGCGGCACUCGACCACGCCAUAGACGAUGGCGUGGAUGUCCUGUCACUCUCGCUGGGGCAGGCAGGCAGCGAGCUCUUUGAGACACUGCAUGUCGUCGAGAGAGGGAUCUCCGUCGUGUUCUCUGCCGGGAACGGCGGACCUGUGCCUCAAACGGCAUGGAAUGCAGUGCCUUGGGUCACGACGGUGGCUGCUAGCACGAUAGACCGGUCUUUCCCUACACUGAUAUCCCUCGGGAAUAAACGAAAGUUGGUGGGGCAAUCUCUUCACAACAAUGCAUAUGUGAACACCGAUGACUUUAAGAUCCUUGUUUACGCGAGGAGCUGCAACACUCAAUCAUUAGCAUCGAGAAACAUCACUGGUAAAAUUGUUCUGUGCUAUGCACCGGCGGAGGCGGCUAUUACGCCACCUCGGCUAGCACUUCCUAUUGUCAUAAAUCGUACCAUGGAGGUUGAUGCAAAGGGCCUCAUCUUUGCACAAUAUGAUACAAACAUCCUCGACAUCUUGACCAUGUGUAAGGGCAAUAUGGCAUGUGUAGUGGUGGACUUCGAAACUGCACACACAAUUCUCGCAUAUUUUGACAACUCAAAGAAGCCAGUGGUGAAGGUGUCGCCUGCCAUGACCGUUACUGGGAACCAAGUGUUGUCACCGAUGAUCGCCUCAUUCUCGUCAAGAGGCCCGAGUGCCGCAUUCCCGGGAAUACUAAAGCCGGAUGUUGCUGCACCUGGGGUCAGCAUCUUGGCAGCCAAGGGCAACUCCUAUGUGUUCAUGUCUGGGACAUCCAUGGCGUGUCCGCAUGUCUCGGCAGUGGUCGCUCUGCUUAAGUCGGCUCACUCGGAUUGGUCCCCUGCCAUGAUAAAGUCUGCCAUCAUGACCACAGCAUCUGUGACCGAUCAUUUCGGCGUGCUGAUCCAGGCAGAGGGCGUCCCGAGGAAACUAGCCGACCCCUUUGACUUUGGUGGUGGUCAUAUGGAUCCAGAUAGGGCCAUUGACCCUGGCUUGGUUUAUGACAUGAAUGCAAAAGAUUACAACAAGUUCUUAAAUUGCAUUGAUGAACUGUCAGACGAUUGUAAGUCAUAUAUCAGCAAUCUCAACCUCCCAUCAAUCACCAUGCCAGACCUCAGUGACAACAUCACAGUAAGGCGCACUGUCAUGAAUGUCGGGCAAGUUAAAGCAACAUACCGAGUGGUGGUUGAGGCUCCCGCUGGGGUAGUCGUAACCGUGGAGCCAUCUAUGAUCAGUUUUAUAGAAGGUGGUAGCAAAAGCGUGAUGUUUAUGGUGACGUUCACAUCGAGGAAGAGAGUGCAAGGUGGGUACACCUUUGGGAGUUUAACAUGGUCGGAUGAAAAUACUCACUCAGUGAGAAUACCUAUUGCAGUGCGAACUAUAGUACAAGACUUUGUAACAGAUACUUCAUAAAUUCAACCGUAUUUAUGUGUAUACCUUGUUCAUGUCCUCCAAUGAUUAUCAUAUGAAUUGUUGAAAAAGAACUGAAGAUGCAAUAUAUACAUCAUU